UUAUUUGUUUUUUUUUACAAAAAUUUUUUUAAGGGCGUUCAACAGUAAGUUGCAUCGGGGCGCCUGGUCCCUUAGAGCCGGCCCUGACUGUAUUCGGCAAAAUUUUGAGGUGGCGUCAUCAAUUUUUGGGAGGAUAAGUAAAUAUAUCUCGAUUAAAAGUGUACCAUGCUUUUGACUGGGGCUAGUCUGUACUCUGUGUCACAGUAGUCUGUGUUGUCUACUACAUAUUACUCCUAUGUUUUUGUCCGAUACGAACUGUAGCCACUGUGGCGGCGGCGUGUCAGAACUUGACUGUUCUGUGGUCAGAACCAAAAGGAAGUUUGAGGUUAUGUCUUAUUAUAAACUUGAUUUCCAAACGAAGAAAUGGUCUAUACAUCCAAAAUUUUUUGGGCAAAAGCAAGAAAGUUGUCGCGAAAAUAUUUGCAACAAGGAUUUCGUGAUUCCCUUAAAAUAUUUGUUUCGGGAGGAAUAGGAGGAAACGGCUUGCCCAAGUUUGGUGGAGUAGGAGGACAAGGAGGUAAUGUUAUUGCAGUAGGAAAAGAACACAUAGACUUGCAAGAGGUUUUUAAACAGAACAAAACAAAAAAUUACAUGGCAAAAAAUGGAAAAAACAGUUCCCACAAUUUUAUACUGGGACCUCCUGGCGAAGAUUUAAAAUUGGAAGUUCCUGUAGGUGUAUCUAUUAUUACAGAAUUAGGAAAGAAACUAGGAGAAAUAAAUGCUGAAGGAGAAGAGUUGGUGUUAGCAAAAGGGGGCACUGGUGGUAACCCCAAAAAUGGAUAUUUGGGUACCAGGGGUCAAGCAUAUCCAGUUAUAUUUGAUCUGAAAUUGAUUGCAGAUAUAGGAUUGGUAGGCUUUCCCAAUGCAGGUAAAAGCACAUUGUUGAAAGCUAUAUCACAUGCAAAACCAAAAAUUGCAAGUUACCCUUUUACCACAGUACGUCCAAAUGUGGGCAUUAUUCAGUACAAAGAUUUUAGAGAAAUUUCAAUGGCAGAUUUACCUGGACUUAUAGAAGGAGCUUAUGCUAAUAAAGGCAUGGGUCACAAAUUUUUAAAACAUGUUGAACGCACCAAACUUCUCUUAUUAAUUGUUGAUAUAAAUGGCUUCCAGUUAAGUCCUCAAUAUCCACAUAGAAGCUGUGUAGAAACAAUUUUGUUGCUAAAUAAAGAAUUGGAACUUUACAACAAAGAAUUAUUAGAGAAACCUUCUAUGCUGUUAAUUAAUAAAAUGGACACACAGAGUAGUGAAGAAAAAUACAAAGACAUUAAAGACGCGUUACAUAAUCUAAAAGAUGUUGCAGAAAAGUAUCCUGAAGACAGGCGACCACAAAUACCCUUAAAAUUUAGUGAAAUAAUAGCAAUUUCUGCAAAAGAAAGUACUGAUGACGUUAAGCUUGUAAAACAAAGACUUCGUCGUGUAUUAGAUGUUAUGACACAAACAGAAAAUUCUCAACAAGAUUCUGACAUAUAUGACAUGUACAAUAACCUUAAGACAAAUGUAAAUGAAAAUGGGCCUAGGUUGGUGUAAUAAUAAUUUAUUUUUA